GUGAUGAUGGAAUACAUCGGAGCCACCGGAGCGCCGGUGAAGAUCGCCGCCGUCCCCGUCGACCCGGCAAUCGACUUCCACUUCCUCCUAAGCUUCGCCAUCGACGCCGACCCCGCCGGAAACCCUCAAAACGGCGUCUUCUCGCCAUACUGGUCGGAUACCCUAACUCCGGCCGCCGUCUCCGCCGUCAAAUCACUCCGCCCCAACGUGAAAGCCCUGGCCAGUCUCUCCGGCUGGAGCCUCGCCGGAAAAACCCUCUCCUGGUACGACCCUGCCGACGCCCAGCUCUGGAUCUCCAACGCCUUCCAAUCCCUCAAAUCACUCAUCCAGACAUACAACCUCGACGGCAUUGACAUCGACUACGAAAGAUUCCCUCGGAAAAACCAAAACGCCACCGCCGGCGGCGGCGAUUUCGCGUACUGCAUCGGGGAGCUGAUAACGAUGCUGAAGAAUCAGAGUGUAAUCACGGUGGCGACAAUCGCGCCGUUCUACACGACGGUGGGGCCGUACACGGAGCUUUACGAGGGGUACGAGGAUGUAAUAGACUACGUGAAUUAUCAAUUUUAUACGGACAAGGUGCGGCGGGCGGCGGAGUAUUUGGUGGUGUUCCAGAACCGGACGGCGGAGUUCGGCGGCGGCCGGAAGGGUAAGGUUCUGGCGAGCUACGAGGUGAAUGGGCGAGGGAUUCAAGGAGACGAGUUCUUCGUAGCGCUGAGGAUGUUGGAGGACAAUGGAUUUGUCGUUAACGGGGCAAUGAUAUUCUCUGCAGAUGCUUCCAUGUCCGAUGGAUUCUAUUAUGAGAUCAACACACAGCACUUCUUGCUCUACAACUCAACGCGAAUCAACGAAUCAUGCUAG